CCUACUUCCGCGUGUGACGUCACGUCCGUUACCCAGCAGCCCCCGCGGUUUGGUUUGGCGUCCGUCUGUGCGGCUUCAGGAGCAGUUUAAAACACUGAACAUCACUGAGUGUUGCUCCAUCUGCCUCCAUGGGUGAAAGAAAAGGAACAAACAAGUACUACCCUCCAGAUUUUGAUCCAGCCAAGCAUGGAUCCCUCAAUGGCUACCACAAAACUCACGCCCUGCGCGAGAGGGCCAGGAAGCUGUCCCAGGGCAUCCUCAUUAUCAGGUUUGAGAUGCCCUACAACAUCUGGUGUGACGGCUGCAAAAAUCACAUCGGCAUGGGGGUCCGCUACAAUGCCGAGAAGAAGAAAGUGGGGAACUACUACACCACGCCAAUCUACAGGUUUAGGAUGAAGUGCCACCUGUGUGUCAACUACAUCGAGAUGCAGACCGACCCGGCGACCUGCGACUACGUCAUAGUCACCGGGGCAAACAGGAAGGAGGAGCGCUGGGACAUGGCUGACAACGAGCAGAUCCUCACCACGGAGCGGGCGGAGAAGGAGAAACUGGAGACGGACCCCAUGUUCAAGCUUGACCACGGCGGGAAAGACAAGGAGAAGCUGAAGAAGGCUCUGCCGUCUCUGUCGGAGAUCCAAGACUACCAGUCCUGCAAGAAGGACGACUUCCAGCUCAACAGCUCCCUCCGCAGGAAGUUCAGGACGGAGAAGAAAGUUCUGGCUGAGCAGGAGGAGAAGGACAACACGGUGAGGAUGAGGACCAACCUGUCCAUCCCGUUGCUGCCAGAGAAGGAGGAGGACAAGAAGCUGGCCGCUCUGCUCACCUUCCAGGCACCUGACUCCUACGACGACAAGCAGCACAGCAAGCGGAAGGAGAUCUCCUCUCGCUCCUGGUUCACCUCCUCCUCGGCCCCGUCGGGCAGCGCUGCAGGCAGCCUGCUCCACAAGCUCAGCCUGCAGGGGAAAGAGGCGGCGGUGGCCAAAGCCCUGAGCUCCUCGCCCAGCGCUCUGAUCCGCAGACGCUCCGGAGGACCGGGAACCAAAGCCGAACCCUGCGCCGCCAUCGCUCGCAGGAAGUCGCUGCCCGAAAUCCCCUCGUGCGACGGAGAGAUUUCAAAGGCGUCGCAGAGAGAGGAGGCACAGGGCGCAGCACCGUCACAGGUGGGGGAGGAGGAGGUAACGGAGAAAAAUGACAACAAAUACAGAGAUAUGCCUGUUAAUACCACAGAGGAAGCAAAUGAAGGGCUGACAAAGGCAAAGGAUUCUGGGAAGGAACGGGGUAAAAGUUUAGGGGCGCUGCCGUCACUGGUGGCGGACUACAGCGACUCAGAAUCCGACCCUGGACUAUGAGGCCGCAUGGCAUCGUUUCUUCUUUUUGUGAAUGGACGACAUCAUAAGCUCAUUCAUUCGCUGAUCAUCUGCUACUGGAACAGAAGCAGUGGUUGUUAACUCGACAAAUACUUUUAGUUUUACUAAACAGAAUGUGUAAAAUAAGAUUUCAAAUGCUUAAGCUCGGUCGCCUGCAGAACGCUUUGUCGUAGAUGUGUUAAUAUAACGACAGCUUGACUUGUUUUUAGCUUCAGACAGUACAGACUCAGCUUCAAGGAUUUGGUUAUUUGCAUUCUUUGAUCACCACAUAUGUUAAAUUAAUGAAUUAAAAUACUGUGUAAAUAAUACUGUUUAACUGUUGUUUGAGUUGAGUUUGCUACCUGAACAUUAUAUCUUUUUUUUACUUUCAAUAAUGAAACACUGAGAAAUCAUCACUGAAGACAGGAUACCACCGAAGCCAUUUUGAGUUAUUUUUGCAGUUCAACUUUCCUGUAAUCGGUGCUUUUAAUAACUUUCCCCUCAGUUUUUGGGAACGUAGAAGUGGUUUCACAAAAAAGAGGAACCAGGGACUUUUUGUGUACAGUGUAGGUUCAUAUAGGGCAGCUCUUUUCUUUUUAAAUAUGCGGAACACUUCUUUCAAAGUUGUUUUCUGUGUUACAACGGGUCAUUGUUAAGAAUGAGGAAUGAUUCAUUUAUCCCAACAAGUUCAACAAAGCUGACAAGAAAGUGAAUAAAUAUAAAUCA